AUGUUGAAGCGGGUCCUAGUGCUGGACCUGCAGAGCAUCGGCAGGUACAGCCGCCUGUUCCUCCAGUGUCUGCCACGUUCACUCCUGGUGCUCCAAGGUUCACCAUGCCACAGGUUGUUGCUUCGCCAGCAGCGUAUACAGCUCAAUAAGGAGAUAAUUGCCGACCAUAUCUCAGGCCCCUUUCCUUAUCCUCCUUUAUGCACUUUGCUGCAAAAUGGGCAGACCACUGCUGAGAUCCAAGAAGAAGUGGCUCUGACAAAUCUUGGCAGCAGCUCUGCAAUCAGCAAGAGGCACAGUGCCAGUGAUAAGAUGCACUUCCCCUGUUCCAACCUGCAGACAAUCACUACUUUGGGGAAGGGUGAGUUCGGAGAAGUCUUCCUGGCCAAGGCAAAAGGCAUUGAGGACAAUGAGACAGAAGUGCUUGUUUUAGUCAAGAGCCUUCAAACAAGGGAUGAGCAGCUACAGCUGGACUUCAGGCAAGAAUUUGAGAUGUUUGGCAAACUGAACCACAGCAAUGUGGUGAGGCUGCUGGGCCUCUGCCGGGAAGCAGAGCCUCACUUUAUGGUUCUGGAAUAUGUGGAUCUGGGAGAUCUGAAGCAGUUCCUGAGGAUUUCCAGGACUAAAGAUGAGAAACUGAAGCCCCAGCCCAUUAGCACCAAACAGAAGUUCUCCUUCUGCUUCCAAGUGGCGCUGGGGAUGGAGCAUCUGUCCAACAGCAGAUUUGUACACAAAGACCUGGCAGCUCGGAACUGCCUAGUCAGCGCACAAAGGCAGGUGAAGAUAUCGAGCCUGAGCCUCAGCAAGGAUGUUUACAGCAGUGAAUACUAUCACUACCACCAAGCCAGGAUCCCUCUCCGCUGGAUGCCUCCUGAAGCUGUCUUGGAGGAUGAAUUCUCCACCAAGUCUGAUGUUUGGUCCUUUGGGGUCUUCAUGUGGGAAAUAUUCACACUGGAAAAUCCUCCUUUAGAAAACUUGCGGCUUUCCCCGUUAGGUAUCGUGCCUAAGAAGCAGGGCCGGCUGGGUCUGCUCAAUGCCUCCAUUUGA